UGAAGCGCGCUUUUUACAAACUGCUGCGAGUCCAGGAAGUUGACAGCCCACUGCGGUGUGAAAGGACGCAACAAGGGUUCUUUAAAUUCUACACAAAACCGCCUGGAAAACCAAAAUAUUUGGAAUUAGUUGUAUCAGAAAGACUUUAUUGGAUGCCCAACAGGACACAACAGCGACCCUUUUGUAUUUCGAAAUUCUUUUUCACACCUUCACCACCCACUUCUUCCUCCUGUCAUAGUUAUGGAUUCCUCUGCAGUCCUUCAUCAGCAAAGUCAGAACAAAAUCCGCAGCGACUUUCUGAGAAUGAAGAAUGAACAUAACAAAAUGCCAGCGGUCCCAAAGCCUUCCAAACUCCUGUCUGCACAGCACCUUUCCAAACAAGACAGUGAGAACAAGGAUCCAGGAAGCUCAGAAAUGGGUAGAAAGGCACCUGUGCGACCAGGUGUAAGCAGGCUUCCGGUGCUCGCAAAGUCUCUUCGUCUACAGACUCCCAGCGACUUCAGUCAAACCCACUGUAGGUGGGAGGAGAAAUCAUUGGCUGGGAAAGCUAAGAAGAAAAAGCCAUGUACCAGGCCUCUGCCGUUUAACCUGUCCCAGCCCAAGAGGUCAAAAACGACCAGCGAAAAUCAACAGCCCAUAAUUGCACCCCAGUCACAGACUGGCACUCAUGCUGUCCAACCUGAAACCACUGUAUGCAAUGUUCGUCUAAAGACCCAAAACAUAUAUUCAAAACCUACUAAACAUCCAGCUGUGGUAAACAGCCAUGUUGACUCAACACACAAGUCUCAUGGCAAAGCUACAGAAAAUAUAUCCCACCUCUCAGGGCUGUCUCAGCUUCCCAACACAUUUAAGACUUCAGACACUUUGUCCAAUCCUCCGUCAGCCAUUCCUAAUAACGCUCUGCAUCAGAACAGUGCUCCUUCCUCUGCACAGCCUGCUCUUAGUGCAGAGACCUGUUUGGAAAACAUGAACUUGCUCAGUCUCAAAGACCCGACCAAGACAUCGCUUGCUAGCCAGAGCACGCAGCUGACCAAGCAGGUUAAUUUUUCAAAGGGUUCAACUGACAAAGGGGAGAACUUCCAGUCUGACCAUGCGGCUUUGCUAAGUAUCCUCCGGAACGAGGGAGUAAGUGCCACAGGUCUGGGAUCUGCAACUCCACAGUCCAAACUGUAUAACUACCUGCCCCAGCGAGUGUCUGUCAUGAAGAGUCGACAAAAAGCUGGACCUUCCACAGGACCAGUGAAGCUGGUACCGUUCUCCCCCGACUCCGCUGCACUGCAAAGUAUCCUCCAGAAUGAGGGGGUGAAGGCUGGAGGGCUCGUGGGUACCACACCCCGAAACUCCGUCUGUCCAUCAGGCAGAGGCACUUCAGUCUACACAGCUCAGAGAGUGCCAGUUAAGAAAAAUCAUGCAGAGGCGACUGGCGGACCAGUGGCAGUAGCGCUCAAAGAGACUCUGCUGAAGAAAUGGACUCCACAGAGAGUCCGCGACACCAGACAUCAGCCCAUGUCUGCUAUGAAAUGGCAUCUAUCGACACAACAGUCCCCGUACACCGGCACGCCCGGGCUGAAGAGCUGCAAAACCAACCUUCAGCCACACCAGGAGCAGGAGGUCGUCCAGAGAUUAUUUGAUGAUCCAGAGGAUGAGCAGAGCACAAAUGUGACAAACAAAGAUCCUGAGACGCAAGCAGAGCAGCUCCUAGUUCAAGCCUCAAAUACUAAAACCCGUCGUGAAAAAAAGGUAGAGACAAGCAGGGCCAACACCAGCGAGGAUGACGAGAAGGAGAAGGAGCAGGAGCAGAAGCAGAGGCUGGUGGGAGGAGAGCCAUUCUUCCAAGCACCACAAAGAGAGUCAGUCAUUUUUUUCUCAACCGGCAAAAAGCUGUUCAGAGCCCCACGUUUUGAGAAGCAGGAGAGCUCAUCUGAUCAGGAUCAGCAUGAUCCGGUUUCAUCAGAACAGAGAAAGGUGCUGCCAGUACAAGAAGAGGUGUCGUCUGUGUCAGAGCCACCCUGUCAGAUCAACCCUUCUGUUCAGAGUCUGCACAGAGAUAUCAUUAAUCAGAAGAGUUGUGGUCUGAGUCCCGCAGUGGCGUUGCUGCGUAAGCGUCUUCCUCCUCUGGAGGAGCUGCGCAUGGACGAGGAGGUGGCCACCUACACCUCAGUGUCUGUCUCCGCUGCUCCUGGGUUUCUCCCAGUUCGGCCUCGCUGUGGAAACCCGCUGGCCUCCAUCCUGCACUUCGAAGAGUCCUCUAGAUUUCUUCCAAUUGGCUUCGACGUCCCCUCUGGUCCUUCUUCUCCACCAAGCUCUCCACUGCAGGAGAGAUGAUUUGCACUACAAGUACAGUAUUUGUUUUUACUGUGAACAUCCAGAGUGGAUAAGCUUACCCCGGUGUACUGAUGAGACUCUCUUUAGUGGAACUGAUUUUGUUGUCUAACAUUGUUGUUGCCAGCCUUAGUACAGGUCCAAAGAACGCUGUUGGUAUCAUGUUUUUGAAACCAUAAAACCUAUUGUUUUCUAAAUGUUUAUGACUGCUUUCAGUAGAUGCUUUCUAAAGAAAAAAAAAAGAAAAAGGCAUCUUUUAUACUACAAGCAAUCAUGUUUGUCAGAACUGUAGAUGCACAGCUAUUAGAUAUAAUGUUUAUGAAAUGAACCCAAAACUAAAUGUUGGGAAAAAUACAUGUUGUAAAGAGUCAAUGAAGGCACUGGACUUUAUCAGUGUUAUAGCUAUAGCAUCCCUAUAGAUUAGGAUGGCUCAGAGCAUUGUUAUUUGUUGUUGUUAGCCAUUUUUAAUAAACCAGAAAUCUUCUUGUGUGGAUGGAAAAUGAUUAAAGUUCUUAAUGUACAGUGUUUAUAAUAAAUGUAUAUAUGUUA